AUGAAUUAAGAACUUGAAGAAACUUCUUAAAACAUUUAAAAUAAAAAUUCUAAAGAAGAAGAUGAAAAGAAGUUCAAAUUACUCAAACAACAUUUUAGAGGUUAAUUCAAAGAAUCCUAUAAGUAUAUAGGUAAACUAUAUUAUUAAUAUAUUAUUAGGAUUUAAUUUACUUUUCAGUUUUGGAAAGUAUUUAGUGUGUUUUUAUAGUUUGUAACAACGUGAUUAAUAAUGUGAUGUAAAUCCAUUAUUUGUUUGGUUGACAAUUGUUGGAAUGUAUGAAUUUUUUAAUUCAAUAAGGUAAUUUAUUAACAUAUAUAUUCCAGAUAUUUAGCUGUUCUUUAUUCAUUAUAAAUGAAUUCUAAAGAUAUCUUCUAGUUAGUCAUGGCGGAAAUGUUAACAAAAGAUUCUAAUGAAAUAAUGAAUCUAUAAGGUAUGGAAGAAAAAAAUAAGUAAAAAAAUAAUUCUAAAUUAAAACUUUAAGACGAAACUAAAUUAAAACUCUAAUCAAAAUGAAAUUAUCAACAAGAGACAUAAGAUAAGAAGAAUUAAUAGCUGAACCUCCAUUUACUCAAUAUGAAAUUAUACAUUAAGCAGAAGCUUUGAAUAAAUAUACUCGUCUAAUGAAAGUCUAUAAUUAAUUCAUUUUCUACCUUAUCUUUACGGGAGGCAACAUCGCAUAUUUUUAAUCAGAUUCUAAUGAUUGUGAUGAUAGUAAUUUUUUAUUUAAUUUUAUAUUAGGUUUAAACAAUGUGACAUUUGUACUUUUGUUAAUAGGAUACUUGUUUUCAGCAUUUUUAAUUAUUGGAUUUGGUCUAGCAAUCAUAUCAAUGGCAUUAUAUAUGCCUAUUAUCCUCUUUUUGUUUAUAUUUAAAUCUAUAGGGAAAAUUGUUAAGAGACUUCAAACUAAAGUAAGAAUUAUAAAUUAAUUUUAAGAAUAAGUUUAAAAAGAUGAAGAAGUUUGAAUACAAUAAUAUCCCUGAAUUCUCCUACAUAUAAUAAUGCAAUAUUUGUAUGUGUGAUUAUGUAAAAAAUGACUUAGUUGUUUAAUUACCAUGCAGUAUUAAGUAAUAUGACAAUUUAGCAUAAUAGGCAUCAUUUUCAUGAUCAUUGUCUUCAAUAAUGGAUCAUUAUUAAAUAGUAAUGUCCUGUUUGUCGUAAAUUAAUUUGAAAAU